AUGUCGUCGUCCCCGAUGUCCUCCUCCCCAUUGUACUACAACAUGAACCGUGACCGUUUCAAGAAGAGAAAGGCUCGCUUCUCUUUUAGCGAGGUGCACAUAUUGUUAGAUGAAGUACGGAAACACCGUAAAAUAGUAGUGGGCAAAUUCAAUCGUGGCGUGCCAACGGAUGCUAAAAAACGCACAUGGUCAGAAAUUACAGCUCGUGUGAAUGAGAUAGGAGAGUGCCAACGAGAGAUCAUUGAGGUCAUUAAGAAAUGGUCCGACCUAAAGUGCGACACUAAGCGAAAAAUAGCUGCCAUGAAGACAGGAACAGUGCCAAGCAGAGGACUGAACUCGCGCAUGUCAAAGGACCUCAAUCCCACUGAGAAAAUUGUGGCUCAAAUUCUGGAAAUGGCAAAUGAAGAUGAUGUGACAUAUUUUUCCCAAAUGGGUGAUGAUGAUGAUGGGCCUGAUGAAGAAGAAAUGUAUGAGGAGGACAUGAUGGGAUUACAGAAUUCUCCAAACGGAGGACUAGAAAGUCCUAUGCCCCCACCUUCCUCCUACUUCUCCAGUAGCAGUGCACAACCAGGUGAUUCGCAAUAUGAUCCAGAAGAUCCAGAAGCAGCAUUCGCUGAAUCAGAAGAUGAGCAAAAGGAAGAAGCCCCUCUCCCAAAUCGUCAUACCAAACCAUCUCAAGAUCACCAAGAAAACAACGGCAUCGAGAAAAGUGCUGCAAAGUCUGAACCUUCCACGUCCACAGCAGACGCCCUCCCACCUCCUUGCACGUUGUCUAAGACUUCCAAGGAGAACCUCAUGGACAGUGUGUCGCAGAGCCUCCGCGAGCAGCACGCCACCAACGUGUUGUUGGAAACGGUGUCGCGGUCGCUGGAGCUGCUGUCCGAGUCGGUGCAGCAGCUGGCGGAGACUCAGCAGGAGUUUGUGCGAGACUCCUUACAGCUGCAGCGGGAGACUGUCCAGGUGCUCAGAGACUUCACAUCUGGAGCUAUCGCACUCAUCCACGACAAACUAAAUGGACGGCCAACGUUGUAG